UUUAGAUCGAUUAGGUUUUUACUGGGUUUGUUCUUCUCCUUCUUGUCUUGCUAUGUCGGUAUUCUAUUCGCAUCGCAUUGAUUAGGUUUGUGAAUAACCUGUUGGAUGCAUUCUACUUGGUUCUCGUGUUUCUGAUAUAGUUAUCAGGCAAGGGAUAGAUAGAAGAUGGCCACAAGCACAUUGGACGCAACAAGAGCAGAACUUGCUCUCUUAGUUUUAUACCUAAACAAGGCUGAAGCUAGAGAUAAGAUAUGUAGAGCCAUUCAGUAUGGUUCAAAGUACUUGAGCGAGGGACAACCAGGCACUGCACAAAACGUCGAAAGAACAACUGCAUUGGCACGGAAGGUGUUUCGUCUGGUUAAGUUUGUCAAUGAUCUUCAUGCUCUCAUAAGCCCACCUUCUCCUGGAUCUCCACUCCCACUUGUUUUGCUAGGAAAGUCGAAGAAUGCACUGUUGUCCACCUUCUUUUUCCUAGAUCAAAUUGUGUGGGCAGGCCGAACAGGGAUAUUCAAGAACAAAGAUCGCACUGAGCAAAUAGGCAGGAUAUCUCUCUUUUGUUGGAUGGGCUCCUCUGUGUGCACAACUUUGCUUGAGAUAGGAGAAUUGGGAAGGUUAUCUGCCUCGAUUACGAAGCUGCAGAAGGAGAUGAAACAAGCUGAUAAAUAUGAUGAACAAUAUCUCCAUAAACUCAAGCAGUCCAAUGAAAGGCUGCUAUCUCUGAUCAAAUCUUCCAUGGAUAUCGUGGUCGCGAUAGGGCUGCUUCAAUUGGCACCGAAGAAGAUCACUCCGCGAGUCACAGGAGCAUUUGGAUUCAUCACUUCACUUAUCUCCUGCUACCAGUUACUUCCUGCGCCUACUCACAAGAAGACCGCUUGAACAUGGAUCCCCCCCUUCCGCUUGAAGCAAUUCCGCCGUGCCAUAUUAUCGUAAUAAUGUUUACAGGAAAAUAUUGCUUGGUGAAGUUCAUUAUCACAUAAUGUUUAAGUAAAUGCAUUGAAGUGGCACUGCCAAAACAACUUCUACCCAAGUGUCUAUAAAAGAUAAGCAAUGUAGUACCAAUGCUUGCAGUUUGCAGCAUCUCCUUAGUAGAUAUUUAAGCUGAAAUUA